AUGUCGACCAACGAUCAGCUCAAGCAGGCCAUCGUCGACAGUGUCGAGCAUGGAACCUAUCCAGAGGCUGAUGUCUCGUCAGCCGAAGUCCCAUCGACGCUCCUCCCCGCCCUCCUAGCCGAUCUCCAGAAAGCCCGCGACGAAGUAAAGGAGGACAUACGUAGUCUGAGUAAAGACAUCGCGCCCGACGUCGACGGCUGGAUCGCGCAAGCCAAGAAACUCCAAGGCGACAUCGAACGAUCAAAAGCAACAGCAAGAGACAUUGUAGCCCAAGCCGAAGCCGGAAAGGCCUUGAAAGAGGAGACGCAUGAUGCCGGGAACAAGGUCCACUUGCUUGAGAAGGAGGUCGCCUUCAACGAAUCCCUGGCCUCCACCCUGGACCUGAUCAGAUCAUCGUGUCGCAUCCUCGACCAGGCAGAUGAAGCAUACGCCAACAACGAUUUGCGCGCCACCCUUGAUCACAUCAAGCGAUGCGACGCCUCUAUAGCUGCUCUAUCCGCUGUCCAGGACACCAGAGCUGUGGGCCUUUUGCAGACACGCAGCUCGCGCUUCAAGGCCACCCUUCUAGACAAGACGACUGCUCUAGCACAGGCUCUCAUACAGUGCGACAUUGAAACUCGCUCUCUGCUUGUCAAGCACGAGGUCCCAGAUAUGCCCACUGUCGACCUGGAAUUGCUUGUAGAAACGCUUUCGUAUCUGGGGGGCCUUGAUGUCUACAUCAGACGCUUGAAGCGUGAUGUUGACUUCGCCCUGAUUGACCACCGUCUCUCCAUGAAACCUGGCCAAUACUCUGUCUUCAACAUCACCGAUGCAUCUAUAAUCGUUUCCCAGGCGAACGCAAGGCCUGGCACUAUUGCCACUCUAGACGACAUCUGGGCCUGCUUGGAAUUUCUCUCAAUCCAUCUACCAUCAUCAAUCUGCGAGCCACUCUCACAGAAGCUUCUGCCCUCUUUGUUCGAGACACUCACAUACACUUGGCUGGAUAGAUCUGUGCCCGUCCAGAUUGAACAGAUGCCUGUGUUUCAGCAGAUUCUUGAUCGCGUGUCAAAGCUAGCUGAUCAGAUUGACACGCUGAACUGGCCAAGUACCGCUUUGCUCAAGGAUUGGGUACAAAAUGCCCCCAGGACGUGGCUAUCCAAACGCAGAGAGAUGGCUCUCGGUGCUGCAAGGAGUCUGCUCUUUUCUGGUCUAAAGACACGCAAGACUGUCGAGAGAGUCGAGACGCAGACCGUCUCGAAAGGCGACGCCAUUAUGGGUGGAAGCGACGUUGACGAAGCAGAUGACGCUUGGGCUGCUGACUGGGAGGAAGAGACACCAGAAACCGCCAAGGUUGACGCCUCAAAGGCUGCGACUUCGACCAAAAACGAUGACGAUGACGACGAUGCUAGUGCGUGGGAUGUGGAUGGAGACGACACAGAUAAAACGGCCGUCUCAUCUGAGCAACCAGCCAAAGAUGAGAAUAUGGAAGAAGAUGAUGCAGCGGAUGCUUGGGGUUGGGGCGACGAUGAACAAGUUGCAGACGAAGCACCGAAGUUGAGCUCUCCAAAGAAAACAAAGAAGGCCGCGUCAACGGAACAGGUAACACAGUCUGGUGACAGAGAACUCACACUCCGAGAGACAUACACUGUGACAGCAGUACCGGACGGCAUUCUCGAUAUAGUCCUGCAAGUCGUGUCUGACGCCGAGACGCUAACAGACCCGAGCUACUUAGGAUCACCUAUAGGACCGGCAGCCUCGGCGCUGUACACUUUGCCAACCUUCAUCCUAGCAAUUUACAGAGCUACAGCAUCUACAGCUUACGGAAAACUGGACUCUGGCAACAUGUUGAUCUACAACGACGCAUCUCGACUGGCCGACCAAAUCCGUUCUUUCGUUGUCAGGCAAACGGAAAAAGAUCUGACAUCGAGUCUACCCAGCCACUUACGACCAUCGUCGCGCUUGAGAUUGGACAAUGACAUCAAGGCAUUGGAGACAUUCGCAAAGAGAGCAUACAGUGCCGAGAUGGAGUCUCAACGUACGAUUGUCCGUGACAUGCUCGACGGAGCCCAAGGGUUCUCCAACUGCAAUGCCGAACCGUUUGCGAGUGCAUGCGACAGUGCGGUAUCCAUUACCGAAGGACGCCUACGCGAUGUGCACAAGCAGUGGGCACCAAUCUUGUCGAGAUCGGCAUUGUUGCAGUCUUCUGGCUCACUGCUCAGUACAGCAAUAUCCAAGAUGAUCAUGGAGAUUGAAGAAAUCCAAGACAUUGGAGAGGAAGAGUCGGCGAAGCUCCGCAAGCUUUGCGACAAAAUUUCCGAAGUCAAGGAUUUGUUCAUUCAAGAGCAUCCCGAGGGUGGAGAGGCAAGCAACAUGACCGGUAUCUACUGUCCAAACUGGUUCAAAUUCCAAUACCUUGGGGAACUAUUGGAAAGCUCACUCGCCGAUAUAAAAUACCUGUGGACCGAAGGCGAGCUGAGACUUGAGUUUGAUGUAGAUGAAGUGACGGAUUUGAUUGAGGCAUUGUUUGCGGAUAGUGAUUACAGACGCAAGGCGAUUGCAGAUAUCAGGAGGAGCUAG